AUGGUUGCCGGACCUCGUACAGACCGACCAGUUGCGGUUGUCGGCGGCGGCGUCCUUGGCCGGCGUAUUGGCUGCGUCUUUGUAGCAGCCGGAUAUAAUGUGCACAUCUAUGAUCUCUCUUUGACUGCGUUGCAAGAAGCAGUCGAAUACAUUGACGCCCAUCGACAAGAAUACUCACUCAUGCCUCGUAUCAGCAAGACUAAAGCAUCCGCGCGUGAUACCGCAGAGAAGAAAAGCACAAACAAUGACGGGUACGACGCAGGAAUGAGCGACGAUGCGCUCUCCACGGUGGACUUUGAAUCAUAUUCCCGAGGACCAUUCGGCAGUUACAAAACGUUUACCAACCUUGAACCGGCAGCGCGCGAUACGUGGCUUGUCAUCGAAACGAUUCCGGAGAGGAUAAAUCUGAAAAUUGAUACCUUUCGAGAGCUUGACGAAAAAUGUCCCGAGGACUGUAUCUUUGGGUCGAAUAGCUCUUCCUUCAAAUCGAGUUUGUUGUCGGCGAAGGUGUCGAAGGAGCGGAAAUCGCGAUUUCUGAACAUGCAUUUCACUAUGCCGCCGAUGAUUCGGACCGUCGAGAUGAUGACUUGUGGGGAGACUGAUCCGCAGGUGUUUUCGUAUCUGGAGGAUGUGAUAGGCGAAUGUGGAUUGUUGCCUGUGACGGCCAGGAGAGAAUCGACAGGGUUUGUUGGUCCAUUCGAGCUCCUCCGUUCAUGCUCGUUCCCUUUCACGCCGAUACCCUCUUCUUCUGGCAACAGCAGAUCACCAUCACCAUCACCAUCUUCAACUCACAGCUCGCUGAUCCUUUGUCAUGCAUUCAGAUUUGUCUUCAACCGCCUCUGGGCCGCCAUCAAACGCGAAAUCAUGAACAUCCUUUUCGACCAAGUGAGCGAUCCCAGCGAAAUCGACCUCCUAUGGGAACACAUGUUCAAAAACGGUCCCUUGCCCUGCCAACUCAUGGACCAAGUCGGUCUCGACACAGUCGCCUACAUCGAAGACAACUACAUUCAAGAGCGCGGUCUCGACCCCACAAAGACCGUCAACUGGCUGCGCGAAAAUUACGUCCAACACGGCCGUCUGGGCAAAAAGUCCGCUAAAGGAGGCCUCUACCCUCCCACCGUGAGAUCGUCCACGGCCGAGCUUCACCCUGCGAAUCCACAUACCGCCGCGAAAGACAUUUAUCUCCUCGACGUGGGACUGGGCAGUAACGCCCGCGACGUCACGCAGGUCCAUGCCAACGGGCAGAUCCUGCGCUUUAACCUGGCGACGCAGAAGCUCACGCCUCUUGUGCUGAGACAGAAUCUUCCGGAUGGGAUCGAUGUCUCGAUUGAAACGCAGCGGAUCUUCUGGACGAAUAUGGGUCGUAGUACAGCUGCGUGCGACGGGUCGGUCUGGACGGCGGAUAUGGAUGGAAGUCGGAUUCGGUGUCUUAUUCCCAAGGGCCAUGUGCACACCCCGAAACAGAUCUCUGUUCUCGAUUCCCGGAAACAAGUCUAUUUCUGUGAUCGCGAAGGCACAAGCAUACACCGAGUCAACUACGACGGCACCCAGCAUGAGAUCAUCGUACAAAGACACAUCACCCCGCAGAUGGGCCUCGGCGAAAAGAUGCGCUCAUGGUGCGUUGGCAUCGCGCUCGACGACGAGCACGGCGUCAUGUACUGGACGCAAAAGGGCCCGAGUAAAGGCGGGCGAGGCCAGAUAUACCGCGCACGCCUGGACAUGGCCCCCGGCGAGACGGCGGAGAAUCGAUCCGAUAUCGAGUUUUUGUUCGAUGGAUUGCCGGAACCGAUCGAUAUUGAGAUCGAUAGCGAUACGCAGACGAUUUAUUGGACUGAUCGAGGCGAGCAUCCCAUGGGAUGUGCUUUGUAUAGAGCGUAUGUCGGUGGAGAGCAGGUCGAUAUGCACAAGGUGAUUCUGGCAAGACAUUUUCAUGAGCCGAUUGGGUUGAAGCUGGAUCGGGCGAGUAAUAUUGUGUAUGUUACGGAUCUGGGAGGCAGCGUGUACUCUGUUGAUUUGAGCGAUGGGAUUAAGGUGGAGGUUGUGCGGAAUAAUGGGUGUUAUACGGGAAUUACACUUGUCUAA